AUGGCAAUGUCAGAACUCCCCCCAUUAAUAAUUAUGGAUAUUUUCUCCAGACUUCCCAUCACAACCAUCCUUCAAUGUAAGAGUGUUUGUAAGACCUGGUUCAAUAUAAUCUCUGACCCGUAUUUCACUAAGUUGCACCAUGCAAGAGCACCUGUCAGCCUUAUUUUACGGGCCUCUGGUAACUUUUUUAGCAGAUGGUAUGUGCUUGCACUUGAAGGCUGGGACAAACAUGAUUCUUUUGUUCCACUAAAGCAGCUGCCACGAGAGAUUAGCCAUCUGGGUGAAGCACUGCAAUUUGAAACCUGGUGCAAUGGCUUGCUAUGCAUCAGCGCAUACUGCCCCAAAAAUUCAGUUACUAAUUACGUGCUAAAUGUAAUUACAGGAGAGUACAUGAGCCUUCCAAAACCAGGACCCAAAAGUGAUGGUUUCAAAAGAACAAUACGUGGGUUUGGUUUCAGCCAAGCCACUAAGCGAUACAAGGUGAUUCAAGAAAUUUAUGAAGAUAGGAAGCCUUUGGCGACGCACCAACAUCAUCAUACAUCUCAUUCUCAACUUGAGUUGGUUCAGCCUUAUAACAACUCCACAUUUAUAUGUCAUUUUGACAUUGAGAAUGAGCAACUUAAACCAUUCCCGGGACCCCCAGUUCAAGACUUUUCACAAGUCGAGAAAAUGAAUUUGGGAGUAUCAGGAGGUUUCCUCUACUUAAGUGAGAACCUUCUGACUUCUUGUUCUGUUGAAAUUUGGGUUAUGAAGGAUUAUGGCAUCAAGAAAUCUUGGACUAAAGAGUUUGUUAUCCCUGAUACGCAAUGUCUUUAUGCCUACAAUGCUAGAGGAUAUAAUGAGCACCAACUUGAGGUUCGUGGUAUUUCAACGUCCUACAGUAUGUAUCCUUUCGUACCCAGCCUUGUUUCGCUCAAGGAAGCUGUGAUUGGGGAAAGUUCACAGAGAUUAGAUGAAGCUACCAAGAUCAGUAGCAAGAGCAAGGUAGAAGCUAGCAACAGAAAGGGUCAUAGCAGUGUUCACAGAGCAGUUGAACCUAUAUCAGAGCAUAAACGACAAAGAAGCAUAAGUGAAGUACAAUGA